AUUAUCCACGCACCCGGGCUCAUCUAAGGCCACCUCACUCAUUCCAGAAGCAGCUCUUCCCUUUGCGAUUCCGAUCAGAUCGGUGUCUCUCUCCGUGCUUAACAAAUGCAGUGCCAACCCCAACAGCAGCAAGAUUCCUCCUUUGACUCCGAUCCUCAGCUCCCAACCAUCAAAAUCCACCAUCCGGCUUCACCCCGCCACCACUCUUCCCUGUCCUCAGCACUCACGCCCACCCCCACCGCCGGAGCCCGUCGCAAGAUCGGUGUGGCCGUCGACCUAUCUGACGAGUCCGCCCACGCCGUACGCUGGGCCGUCCAGCACUACAUACGCCCGGGUGACGCUGUCAUCCUACUCCAUGUCAGCCCCACCUCCGUCCUCUUUGGCGCCGACUGGGGUUCCGUAGACCUCUCCAUUCCCUCCGACGUGGUCGGAGAGGACGGCACUGCCAUGCCCGCCUCGAAGCCGUCCAAACAGAAGCUGGAGGACGAUUUCGACGCCUUCAUGGCCUCGAAAGCCGGGGAUCUCGCUAGGCCCUUGCGGGAGGCGCAGAUCCCGUACAAGAUUCACAUCGUGAAGGACCACGACAUGAGGGAGAGGCUCUGUCUGGAGGUCGAGAGGCUGGGCCUCAACGCCGUCAUCAUGGGGAGCAGGGGAUUCGGUGCGGCGCGCCGCGGCAACGACGGUAGGCUCGGUAGCGUCAGCGACUACUGCGUCCACCACUGCGUCUGUCCUGUCGUCGUGGUUCGCUAUCCGGAUGACAAGGAGGCCGGCGAUGGUGGCGCCCGAGCCGUGGUCGACGUGAAGGAAGAGGAGAAAGAAGAUCGGAGAGGUUAAUGCGUUCUUUUGUUCUUUUCGAUAUUCAUAAAAUUUUAAUAUGAGAUGCUUAGCAGGAGAAUGAAGUGACAUUUUCCUCCCAACUGCAGGUAGGAUUUAUAUAUUAUAAUAGGUGUCAGAAAACUUCUAUCAUUCAUCAUUAUGCUUAGCUUGGUGUUGUAGACAGUUUAGAAGGAUCAGCUGACAUGAUGAAGAGUUGAUGUUGUUGGUUUCUGAAACCCUUUGAUGAAAGGGUAGAUUGCAGAAUGCUCUCUCUGUCUCGUAUCAAAAGAUCCUCUAACGUAUGAACUUCGAGUUUGGGGAGUAGGGAUGCAGUCGUUGUGAUUUUAUAGUUGCUUGUUACUAUCUUGCUCCAUUCUCUUUUGCCGUCAUGAUGAAUUUUAUGACAGGCUUAAUGUAUUGGUGGGCAUUUCAAUCAAAGUGGGGCUGAAGAGUAAGAUUAAAGUUGUAGGUGACAUUCUUAUGUGCAAAAACUUAUCUCUAGCUUUAUUCUCCA